AUGAGCUUUCCCGCCUUCCUCCUCCUGCUGGGCUCGGCUAUGCAAGUCAUUGCACUCCCAGUGAACAGCCCAGCAAAUAAAAGUGAUACUAAGGUGAUGAGGUGUAUUGUUGAAGUCAUCUCUGACACCCUCUCCAAACCAAGCCCACUGCCCAUCAGUGAGGACUGCUUUGAGACACUUCGAGGAGAUGAAAGGAUCAUUUCAAUUCUCCGCCAUCAAAACUUGCUGAAAGAGCUCCAAGAACUCGCCAUCCAAGGUGCCAGUGAGAGAGCCCAGCAGCAAAAGAAAGACCGAGGCUUUGAAGAGGAACUUUCUGAAGUCCUUGGGAACCAGCGGGAGGAGGAGACCACGGGGAAGGGGGAAUCGAGGGGUGCCUCCCCUGAGACACCUGCUGAAGAUGCUGCUGAGUCUAAUGAGGAAAAGAGCCUGGAGGAAAGAGAAGCUGAGCCCAAAGAGACCAAGCCCCAAGGAGCCAGGGAGGCCUCUGAGAGGAACGAGAUCAGCAAGUCCUCCGAGGAUGUGAGCUCCGAUAGCACCCUGGACAGUGGCCUCACCACAGAGGAGCCCAGGGAGGAAGACAGCAAGGACCGCUCCAGAGAUUCUCAGGAGAGUCGAGAUCUCAAAGAGGUGGAACCAAGUUCCAAGAAAGACGAGGUGGCAAAUGAAGAGGAGGAGGAGGAGGAGGAGGAGGAGGAAGAGGAAGCUCAGCCAGCCCAAGAGAGAAAUAAAGAAGUGUCGGAUGAAGAAGAUCCCACUGGCCCAUUCAGUACCAGCCCACCCCUUGAUGAGAAUGAGACUUCCAAGCAAGAUAGUCAACCAGACCUGAAUGGAGAAGGGAAGGUUGGGCAAGAGGAAGAGAGAUCCCAGGAGGAAAAGGGUCUGAGCCGACGUUCUGAGGAGGACUCAACCCCUGCUGCAGGCAUCUUCGGCCCAAGGGUCGGCAAGAGUCAGGAACUGGAAGAGGAACUCUCCAAGGAAUGGGAUGACUCCAAGAGGUGGAACAAGAUGGAUGAGCUAGCCAGAGAGCUGACAGCCAAGAAGCGGCUGGAGGAGAGUGACAGCGAGGAAGAGCCGGACCACUCCAUGAAACUCUCCUUCCGAUCCCACAAGUAUGACUUUGGGAGCCCCAUGGGGCUCUCAAGGAGAACCUGGAAAGCUCACUCCAGAGAGGACAGCAUUGAGGCAGGCUUGCCUCUCUCUCUCAGGGGUGAUCCAGAUGAGAAGAAGGAGGAGGAGGGAAGCGCUAACCGAAGAACAGAGGACCAAGAGCUGGAAAGUCUGGCAGCUAUAGAGGCAGAGCUGGAGAAGGUUGCUCACAAACUCCAUGAGCUCCGGAGGGGCUAG